UCUCUCUCUCUCUCUCUCGGACUCCCUCUCUUGUGCCAUAUAUAAACUGCCGGCUCUCUCUCUCCUUCUCCUUCUUCCUCAAAUCUCUCCAGAUUUUUCUCCGUUUAAUUUUAGCAACCUUUUUUUUUUAACUUGCUUGUUUUUCGUUUCGCCAUUGACCAAGUUACUCGAAGAAAAGGAAAGUGAAAAUUUAGGGAUUUUCUGGGCGAUUAUUGUUAUAUUAUGUAUAUGAUUAUCAUCAGUUUGUGAUGUUGUUGCUGCUGUGGUUAAGAUUCUGAAGUGUGAUGAAGCCUUUGUGUAUUAUAAUAUUCUGUUAAUCAAAUUUCAAAAAAAAAAAAAAAUUAGGGUUGGUUGAAGUGUGAGGAUGACUGAUGUUGAUCCUUUGCAUCAAAAACCUGAAUCUAUGGAUGGUUAUGAGGAUUUCAUGGACGAAGAUUGCAUCUCAUUUGAGUCUUGCAGCACAAUUCACAACCCUGACAAUGACCCCCAUGAUCAAGAAGAUGAACAACCUCUUAGGAGGAGGAGAAGGUCUGACCACCUCCAUCAUCAAGGGGGUGGUGAUGAUAUAGCCGAGUCCUCCGCCGCCAGGCAGUCCAGGAUUCUAAGCUGCUGGGCUGCCAGGCAGGCUCAGGAGAUGAUCACAACCAUCGAGAGGAGGAACCGUGAGUCUGAGCUCAUCGCCAUCGCUGGCUUGCACGCCGUCUCCACGCUAGACUCGUCUUUCCUUAGGGAGGAGACGCAGUCUCCCACCUCUACCGGGCGGGCGCCUGAGAGGCCGAGGACUCAGGCGUCUGGGAUUUUGCAGAUGUGGAGAGAGUUGGAGGAUGAGCAUGUUUUGAACAGGGCGCGCGAGAGGAUGAGGCUGAGGGUGAGGAGUGCUGACGUGGCGGAGAGUCAGGUGGGUGAGACUCUGAGGGGGUCGAGUGAGAGUGAGAAUGGUUAUGGUUCUUCUAGUAGAGAGCAGUCUCCGGAUCUCGGGGAUGUUGAGAGUGAGAGGGUGAGGAAUAUUGUGCGUGGAUUGACAACGGAUCAUUCGUCUAAUGUGAGAGAGAGAAGCGAUGAUAACCGUAGAGGAGAGUGGCUUGGUGAUACUGAAAGGGAGAGAGUGAGGAUUAUCAGGGAGUGGAUGCAGAUGACAAGUCAGCAGAGAGGAGGAGGAGGAGGAGGGGCUCGUGCGAGUCGAAGAGAAGAUCAGCAACGGUCUCUUGGUUCACAAGAUGAGAGAGCACAAGUUCAGAGUGAGGAAGGGAGACGGGAGCAUACUCGUAGAGACUUGAGGAGGCUGCGAGGAAGGCAGGCGUUAGUUGAUUUGCUCAUGAGGAUUGAACGAGAGCGGCAGAGAGAGCUUCAGGGUUUGUUGGAGCAUCGUGCUGUCUCUGAUUUUGCUCAUCGCAACCGGAUUCAGUCGCUUCUUAGAGGAAGGUUCUUGCGGAGUGAGACACCUGCGGAGGAAGUUAGAGCUCCAUCAAUGGCAGCAAGUGAACUUCGGCAGCUAAGAGAAAGACAGACAGUUUCGGGUUUGCGGGAAGGAGCUCGUGACAGGCCAGAAAGCAACACUAAUGUCGAUAACAUCAGUACCUCCAGGAAUAACCGAAUAAUAGCUAAUACUUCUGAGGGUUCUCAGCCGCUAAAUGAGAGUUUAAAUUCUUCUACCCCUCUCUUACCUAACGAUUUGGGCACCUCGGGAAGUAAUGCAACAAAUUCAGAUAGAAACUGGGAAGAAGAUACCAAUCAAGAAAGGGUUUGGCCUGAAGUUUUCACAACAGGCGAGAGGCGAGAUUUGCUGCAAGCAACGUUAAGCCAGUUCAGCGAAAGGGAUAACGGGCCUGAAAACUCAGUUGGUAAUCUGCACCACGAGGGAACUGGAAACUCAAAUGAAACUGUUAUAGCAGAAGGUCAGAGUGUAUGGCCUGCAGAUAACUCUAGACAAUCUGAUGGGAAUCAGCCUGAGGCACGGUUUGGAGUCCCAAGGGCUCGCCGUGCAGUCCCAAUGAGGAGACUAAACAGGCUCCAUCUACCUGAUGACGAUAACGUUAACAACAGCAUUGAACUCCGGGAGCUACUAAGCAGGAGAAGUGUUUCUAACCUUCUACGUAGUGGUUUCCGUGAGAAUCUGGAUCAACUGAUACAGUCAUAUGUUGAGAGGAGAGGAGGAGGACUUGCUCACAUUGACUGGGAUUUUCAACCAGAAACAUUGGAUUCUCAAGAACAUCGUAGAGAGCAACAAGGGUUUCUACAGGACGAGGAUCAGCUUGAUGGAAUCAAUCAAUCACAGACGCUGCCAAAUCCACCAAUGCCUCCACCACAGCCAAUAUGGCAUCACACUAGCUACGCUCGUUCUUUGCAUAGAUCUGAAUUUGAAUGGGAGAUAAUGAACGACUUGAGAGGAGACAUGGCGAGACUUCAGCAAGGAAUGAGCCAUAUGCAGAGGACUUUAGAAACAUGUAUGGAUAUGCAGUCUGAGCUGCAGCGUUUGGUUAGACAAGAGGUCUCUGCAGCUUUAAACCAAUCUCCGAGUGACAAAGGUCUUGGGCCAGGAACAUCCGAAGAUGGGUCAAGAUGGGCUCAUGUAAGGAACGGGACUUGCUGUGUCUGCUGCGAUGCCGACAUAGAUGCCCUCUUGUACAGAUGUGGGCACAUGUGCACUUGCUCAAAGUGCGGCUACGAGCUGGUCCGAACCGGAGGGAAAUGCCCAUUGUGUAGAGCGCCAAUCCUUGAGGUUAUACGAGCCUAUUCUAUCGCAUAACCUCUGUGAGAUUGGAGAACAAGAGAGUGGGAUUUUUAUUGAUGUCUGAGCAAGAACAGGUUGUUUCAGCCAUGUAAACUCUCUGAAAGGGAUCAAACCAGGAGCAGACACAUAUUUAUUCUGACAUCGAUUGUUUUUUUUUCAGUUGUUGAGUGUCAUCAUGUACCUCUGUGUUUAAAGAAAGAACAUAACUAAUUGAGUGAUAUUUCACAAAAAUGAUGGGAUGAAAUAAUCAUAUUUGUGCA